UAUUGCAUGUUUCAUAUACGGGAAAAUGUACGACAACAUGCCCGAAGUAGUAAUAUCUUGCAAAAGCGUGGAAAACUGGCUGCAUCCCGCAUCAAAGAUCCGUCACAUGCAACUCGCGGCUCUGAUUGCUCAGGUUUCGGAUUAGUAAGAGAGAGCUGUAGAGUACACUACUUUCCCCGCUAG